AUGGCAUCGAGCUCGAUGGACUCUGACAGCAAAAAACGGAAACGCGACUAUGAUAGGCCUAGGAUAACGUACUUUGCUCCAGGUCGGACAUUUGAGCGGUUAUUCCAAGAAGAAUCACUGGAGGAGACAAAGUCUGUGGUACGACGGAAACUUGGGGUCCCUGAAAACUCGGAUAUAUCACUUGCGCAAAUACGGGGUGAGCAGGUAAUUGACUUGGAUGACGAGGACGAUUUUGAAGCCUUUGCCUCUCUUGCAUACAGGUCAUAUUCUAUGUCGGUCCGGGUGCGCGUCCAGAAAUCGACUGCCCAGACACCACCUUCAAUGGAGGGUAUGCCCCAAGUGCCACAAGUCCAAACCCCCGUUGCUCGACCUGAAAUCCCUCCUCCGAUCCCGCCUGCCGCAACAACCAACACAGACCCGCCGGUAACGAACAACGCUCCCGAAAUCUCGGCAUCCGCUUCGAUUUCAUCAGCCUCGACGGGGGCAAGAAAGAGUAGUGUCUCUGUUGCUUCCGCUCCAAAUGGAGUAGAUCAACCUGCCCCUAAGCGUCGCAAGCGCGAGACUGCUAAAGACGGGCCAGCUUCAGACCAUGCCAAGAAGUCAGUCUCCUUCGCUGAACCUGCGGCGCCAGCAUCCGAUGUUGGAUCCAUACCUCCAGCUAGUGGUGCUGAUGCCUUCAACGCUGCCACCAAUGAUUUAGUUGAACAAACACAGAUAGAACCUACACCUCCUGCCCCUGCGCCGAAGAAGAGAGGAAGGAAGAAGAAAUCCGAUGUCAGCGCACUAGAAGCCGCUCCCCCACCAGAGAAAUCGCCAGAGGCUCAGGGUAUAUCUACUUUCGUUACCAACGAAAAUUGGAUUCCUUAUUUGCCGCUAGAACCAGUUGUCAAGAAAACGAGGAAGCCUCGUGCGUCCACGACCGAGGUUUCCAAUACUACGAAUACUACGGAAGUACCUCCGACGUCCGAAGCUGCUCCGGAAGCUCAGCUAGAAGAUCCUUCUGUGGCGCCGAAGAAGAGGAGCAAGCGAAUAUCGCAGAAGAAAGCAAAGGAACUUCCCGCGGUCAACGAAGCAGUCAUAGACUCUGGUGGAGACCAGGCGCUUCAUGACAAUCUAGUGUCCGACGUUGGCCCGACUCCUACGACCCCGAAACCGAAAUCAUCCACCGCUGCGAAACCUGUUAGCAGGGCUAAGUCAAAGCCACCUGCAGCCGCCAGUGCCAUCAGCCCAGCGGGAACGAAAGCGCACCAUUGCCCAAUAUGUUUACAGUCUCCGCAUCAUCUUAGGUUCCGGUGCCCCGUUGUCAAGUCCCCUUCCCUGCUUGAGAAGCGCGUGCAGGAGUUGAAGAGCGAACCGGCAAAGGCGCAGCUUUUGGAAACGUUGGAGAAACUCCUGCAACAGGCCAUGGGAACACAACGGUCGUCCACGGCCAACAAUUCCCCUCGGGCUGCUCAGCAUGCCACUCCAUCAACCCCCGCAAUUACAACGUCAGCACCUAGUCAGCCUGGCGCUGAAUCUGCCGAUACGCCAUCCGCGAAAAAGGUCCCAAAGAAGAAACCUACUCGAGCUCCUAGUAUCGACAUCACUCUCACAAGUCCUCCGAAGGAUCUUGACCUCGCUAAUAUCGAUCCAGAGCUUCUUCUCCGUGGUCCAGCCAAGCGGCUCUCAAUCACGGAUAUCCCAUCCAGCGACAGCGAGGAGGAUGAGGAUGAGAGUGCGCAAGAUCUUGAACAGGACGACACCGACGCUGAAGUAAGGCCGCCGCGACGCUGGAAGCGUGGUGGCAACGAACCAAGUUCGUCUGACGAGGACAAUGACGGCGCCAUGGAUGUUGAUUCGUCCCCAGACGAUGUCUCUUUCAAGACUGUAGACAGGCUGGGCCAAUCCGUCGAAAUGGAUAUGAGCCCAGACAACGCGAUGAACGAAAGAGCGAGCCUCGCACCAGAGGUCCGCACCGUUUCAGAGGAUGUAGCACCUGCGGAGGACGACUCUGAGAGACGGUCGACAGAAGCGGAAUCAUCACAGAAGCCUUCCUCGGCAGGGCCUACGAAAUCCUCAAGCAACUCAAAACAGGACGUACCCCUCGACCAGCCAAACGGCACUGAACACGUAGCAGGUACUACUAUUUUCGACUCUACUAUUCCCAAGAAAACCACAGCCAAACCUGUUUCGAAAGUAUCUCAGACUCGCCCAGAUGGAACUCCAAAAGCAGCACACGCCAUGAAGGAUCGACAUGGCCAGCUACCUCCACGCACCGCAAAAGAUAUCUUGAAUGCUGCUCCCCCGGUGACCGCUUCUUUGCAACCCACACCACCUCCAGAUCUUGAGACAACCGCCCGAGGUGGGAAGAGUGAAGGCCCACCGAAAACACCUGCACCCAAGGCUAAACCUACGAAGGCGAAAGCAAAUGGCAAAUCCAAGAUGAGCAUUGACGCACUGCUGUCAAAGGAUUCCUCCUUCACGACCCCCCAGUCAACCCAGGAGCAGGAUCUGUCGCUAGCAGAGUGGGAGACGUUACCAGUUUCACCGUCGCUUGCGACAGAUCCGGGCUUCGAUGAACUGGAAGCCGGAGACCUGAGCUACCCCAUGAUUACCUCUACCCCACUUCCGUUUAACACGCCAUUAUUCUUGCCCUCCAGUAGCCAAAUUCCACCGGCUUCACAAACUCGAAAGAUUUCAGCCCAGGAAAGCGACGGUGAGGAAGAGGAAGAGGUUGAGAAUACUGUCAAGGAUCACAGUCGCCAAAGCUCGAGACAAACCUCAGUCGCCUACCGCAAGCUAACCGACAUCGCCAGACAGGCACUGUUCACUCAGGAGCUAGUUGUGCAGCCUCCUCGUUUCGCCAAAGGCCGGAUAGACAUAUUGAAAUUGUACGGCAGCUCACAACAAAAGGAGGAAGAUUCUAGCUCAGGCUCCGACUCAGACUCAGACAAAGCGACGCCGUCGCACAUUCCGCCGUCUAAAAGGGCAGGCAUGGCGAAGACUCCGAGAUGA